UAUGUCAAACGAGAGCCGUGCUCCCAUUUAUAUGGACUAAGAAGUCCCCCGAAGCGACUGAACUCCUUGUAGUUCGUCCCACUUCGUCUUGUUUUGAUUUUUUUCCCCUCUUCGGUCCGGGACGAAGUGGAGAGAUUUAGUUAUAUUUUUCUAGUUUUGCACAUAGAGUAUAGAGAGAAGUAUAUCACCCAGCCAAGUAUGGAGCUGAACUCUCUGCUAAUCCUCCUGGAGGCAGCUGAAUAUUUGGAGAGAAGAGACCGAGAAGCAGAACAUGGCUAUGCAUCAGUUUUACCCUUCGACAGUGAUUACUCCUUGAAGAAAACCAAAGCAGCCUCACUAUCUAGAAAAUCACAGAAUAACAGGUCAUCGCACAACGAGCUAGAAAAGCAUAGGCGAGCAAAACUUAGGCUAUAUUUGGAGCAGCUGAAGCAGCUUGUGCCGCUGGGACCCGACAGCAACAGACAUACCACUCUAAGCCUCCUAAAAAGAGCAAAAAUGCACAUUAAGAAAUUAGAAGAACAGGACCGAAAAGCACUGAACGUUAAAGAGCAGCUUCAGAGAGAACAUCGCUACCUCAAGCGCCGUCUAGAGCAGCUCUCCGUACACGGGAUGGAGCGCAUGCGCACUGACAGUAUGGGCUCCGUCCUAUCCACUGACUCUGAGCAAGAAGUGGACAUUGAAGGCAUGGAGUUUGCACCGGGAGAAAUGGACAGUAUCGGAAGUGCCAGCGAUGUGGAUGACCACUACAGUUUGCAGAGCAGCUCAAGCGACAGCGGCUACACACAUUCCCUGAGACUUAGUUCCAGCCUCUUAUAGUGGCCAAAUUACUGGACCAACUCAGGACCAUCCAACUGAGGGCACUUAUGGAAAAAAACAAAACAAAAAAAACUUUAUAAAAAAACAAAACAUAAAAGAAAACAAACAGAAAAAAAAAAAAAAAAAGAAUUGUUACCUGCCGCUCAUCCAGGACUCAAUCCAGCGCUACGUCCUGAAAAAGAGCAUUCUUACUGAUGGGCUCCCUUCAUUGCAACCACAGCACUAGAGACCCCCCAACUAGCUUCUGGUGGAAUCCUGUGUUGUCACCUGGCGGGGAGGAUGUUAUGGUAGUAGCAUACAAAAAAAAUUAUAGUUAAGCCCAAUUUUGCAGUCCUAUCAUUCCAUUCCUAAGUAUUACAUGAAUAUACAGGAGAAAAACAAAAGCAGGUCAGAUAUUUUUGAUUACCAGAGAUCAUAUAGUUUUUCAGAAUGAAGUAGUAUUUGUACAUGCUGGUGACUCUUCAUAGGUAGACAUCCGUAGAGGAUCAGGUAGUAAGACUUAUCAGAACGCAGUAUUUCAAGCACUUGGUUUGGGAGAGCAGGAGGAGGAGAGGCGAUUACUAUGUACAGGUUGUACUGUAUACAAGGAAAGGCCGUAUACGUACAUUGCAUUCUGUCCCUUCACUGCUGACCCGUCAGCUAUAUGGAUUAGCCUAAGGCAGACCGAAUGAUAUCUCAUGUUCAGGGGAAUUACUGCAUUCGGAUAAUGCGGAACUGACUAUAUGUAUCCAGAACUGAACCCCGUGUAGGGGGGUCCAUACAGAGGGGGCCCCAUGGCAAGGAUCAAACUGCUGAGCCCCCAUUAGGGCGUGAGGUUUUGUCAUCGAAGACAAUUGUCCACCCUCUUGUCUCUCUGCAUAGUCCUCACUAGGUGGGACCAGCCAAGGCUGUCCCCUCUUUAGAAGGGCCCCGCAGCAGCCGCAUGGUCGGUGUUAUGUUUGCCCUUGAUUGGUUUUGAGUAGCUACCGUAUAUCAAUCAUGAUAAUAAAGCGGUAAACUCUAGCCCCCCGUCUUCCCCUGCACUGUCCACCUAAAGGGAACCUGUCAGCAGGUUUGAGGCCAGUAAACCACCAGCACACCCUUAUGCAGCUGGGGUUUAGAGUUGAAAACCUGCCUAUAAAAAAAUAUGGGCACUGUUAAGAUAAAGAACAUUUAAAUUACUGGAGAUGAAUCCGGGACUCUUCUCCAUGGACGCAUGCACACUGUGCUGAUAAAGCAGGUGAAUGUACACCUCGCUUCACUGCGCAUGUGCCCUGGAGUCCUGGACUUAUCUCCCCAGCUCUGGGCGCAUGCACAUUGUGCUGAUUAAACCAAUGAUAAUACACCUUGCUUUACUGCGCAUGUGCCCUGGAGUCCUUGACAUAUCUGUCCGGCUAUGGGCACAUGCACAUUGUGCUGAUUAAACCAUGCAU